AUGUGGGGUCUUACAUCCAAACGGCUGGUCGCCAAGACUAUGGCCUGUGCACCCGGAGUGGGUCUGCGAGGCUGCCAGCGCCGAGAAUUUCGCUACGCAAUCCCGUCCUGUAUCCUCGAGUUCAAUCUAUUCUCCAUGGCGAAAAGAUAUUUCGAAGAAACUGGCCUCGAGGCUUCAAACCCUCCCUCAGUAGCCCCCCAGCAGCCCGAGACGAAGCGCGCAAAACUCGAGACUGGCGUCACGCCUCAAAUCCUCCCGCCUACAGCCUUCACAAAAUGGACCCUAGCAACCAUCCCCAAAAACCCCCCGCCACUCCCAGAAAUCUUGGAUCCGAAGCUCGAGCAAGCAGCGCUCACGCACUCCGGUAUGCGUCAAAGCCUAUCCGACCCGAGCUACGAGCGGCUGGAGUGGAUAGGCGACGUCUACUUGGAGAUGAUCGCGUCUGAGCUCAUCUGGCAAACAUUUCCUGACCUCGAACCGGGCAAGUGCUCGAUGUAUCGCGAGCUGCUUGUACGCAACUCGACUCUUGGCCAAUUCUCUAUCCAUUAUGGUCUCGAUCAGAAGGCCAACUUUCCCCCCGAAUUCGGUCUCGGCGGGCGCAAGAACGGCACCGCAGCCAGCGAACAAAAACGUGCCAAAGCACUCGGCGAUAUCUUCGAAGCAUACAUCGGUGCCGUGGUCCGGUCAGACCCUGAGAACGGCUUUAAGCGGGCCGCACAAUUCAUGAAAGACCUAUGGGGGCCCGUCCUAGAGCGGCAGAUCCGCGAGGAGGAGAGCAGACACGGGGGUAAGGGCAAGGGCCCGAACGGCAACAGCGUGAAGAAGGACAAGAAGAACGACGAGAUCUCGUUCAAGACGCAGCUGGAGCAGCUGAUUGGGGCGCCCGGUGUCAAGAUUGAGUACAAGGACCUGCCGUCGAGCGGGAAGAAGGAUAGGGUCUCCAAGCAGCCUCUUUAUACGGUCGGUUGUUUCUUGCACGGUUGGGGUGAGAGCGGGCUGCAGUUGGGUCAUGGCAGCGCGUUGGGCAAGAAGGAGGCGGGUCAGAAGGCGGCCGAGAUGGCACUUAAUAAUAAGAAGCUGAUCAAGAAGUUUGCGGAGAAGCGCAAGGCGUUUAUGGAGGCUAGGGCUGCGCAGUUGAAGCAGCAGCAGGAGCAGCAGCAACAACAACAACAGCGGGAAGAGGAAAAGUUGGCUGAGAGCAGUGCGAGCUCGGGAUGA